CUUUGAUCGAACACAAUAUGUCAUGUGGUAAUUUUUUGUAUAUAUACCAGAUUUUAAAUUUUAAUCUUUACAUAGUGUCUUGUGCUCUACUGUAUUACACAUCAGCAAUCAUUAUGAAAUUCUUGGUAGUCUUUGUAGCUCUCGUAGCCCUCGCCUCUGCUGGUGAAAAGAAGCAAAAGCGUGGAGUUUUGGGUCUUGGCUACGGCUACGGUGAUGCUCUUUCCUACGGACACGGAAUCAGCUCUUACUCAGCUCCAGCUAUCUCCACCUACUCUCACGCUGCUCCAUUGGUAGCUGCUGCUCCAGCUUUCUCCACCUACUCUCACGCUGCUCCAGCCAUCUCUACCUACUCGCACGCUCCAUUGGUAUCUUCCUUUGCCGCCCCAGUGGUAGCCAAGACCUAUGCCGCCGCUCCAUUAGUAGCUGCUGCCCCAGCCAUCUCCACCUACUCCCACGCUCCAUUGGUAGCCGCCGCUCCAGUAGUAGCCAAGACCUACUCCGCUCCAUUGGUAUCCUCCUAUGCCGCUCCAGUAGUAGCCAACACCUACUCUGCUCCUCUUGUAUCUUCCUACGCUGCCGCUCCAGUAGUAUCUCAUGGAUACGGAUACUCUGGACUUAACUUGGGAUCUUUCGGAUCUUACAACGCCGGAUGGUAAAUGAAGCUGUGAAUUGUUAAUUUUCUUAAUAAUAAAUGACUGAUUACAUACCUA